AUGGACUACUCUCAGUCUCAUCCCAACUUCGCUGCCGGUCAGGAGGCCCCCCCUCCUGAUGCCAAUCAGAUUGGCAUCAAGAGUUCCGAUACCUACGACGGAAGCGCUCCCAUUUAUCAGUGGGAUGAUGAGUAUGGCGGCGUUGGUCCCAAGAUUGAACAGCUCGAGCUCGAGCUCUUUGGGGACCCCGCCACUCGUCAUGAGCGUACCGGACUUGACUUCCGACGCAUCGAAAGCAUCGAGGUCAAACAGGAAGGCCCUGUCAAGAUCAAUCCCAUCAACUCCUUCAAGGAUGCCGGUUUGCAUCCUGUCAUGUUGGAGAAUGUCAAGCUGGCAGGCUACGACCAUCCAACCCCCAUUCAGAAGUUCACCAUCCCUGCCAUUGUGCAAGGCCGGGAUGUGAUUGGCAUUGCUCAAACUGGAUCUGGCAAAACUGGCGCCUACUUGAUUCCCAUCCUGAGCCGUCUCAUGGGAAAGGCGAAGAAGUUGGCCGCGCCUCGACCCAAUCCUGCCAAGUUCUGCGAAGGCAGAGACGAGGUGACGGCCGAGCCACUUGUCCUCAUUGUUGCACCAACACGUGAGCUGGCCGUUCAGAUCUUCAACGAGGCUCGCAAAUUCUGCUAUCGCACCAUGCUGCGCCCCGGUGUCGUCUAUGGUGGCACGUCCGUCGCUGAGCAAGUUCAUCUGCUCAACCGCGGCUGCGAUGUGCUCAUCGGCACUCCAGGAAGACUCGUUAGUUUCAUUAACAAGCCCCGAGUUCUGACCCUCAGGCGCCUAAAGUAUUUGAUCCUCGACGAGGCCGAUGAGAUGCUUGACAUGAGUUGGCAAGAAGACAUCCAGCGUAUCAUGCUCGGCGGAGACCAAGAUGAGGGCAACGUCAAAUACGGCCUCUUUUCUGCGACCUUUCCCAAGGAGGCCCGCGACUUAGCCAAAGAGCAUCUCGCCGCUGCGCACGUUCGAUUCCGCGUUGGCCGGGCAGGUAGCACAACGGAAAACAUCAAGCAGAUCGUUGUCAAGGUUGAGCCUCACGAGAAGCGCAGCAUUUUGCUACAACUUCUCAACGAGAUGCAUGGCGUGCGCACCAUCAUUUUUGCCAACAGUCGACAGGAGGUCGACUGCCUUGAUGAUUUCUUGUUCAACAUGAAGCUGCCAGUCACGUCGAUGCACAGUGAUCGCACUCAGCUGGAGCGUGAGGCUGCCAUGCGUUCAUUCCGCGCGGGCACUGCUCCCAUUCUGAUCGCUACUGGAGUUACCGCUCGAGGAAUUGAUGUGCGCAAUGUUAUGCAUGUGAUCAAUUUUGACCUGCCUUCAAUGGACCAUGGAGGUAUUGAAGAGUAUACUCAUCGGAUUGGACGCACUGGCCGUAUCGGACAUCGCGGCGUCGCGACCUCACUCUUCACGGACAGGGAUGAGCCAAUUGCCAGCGUCCUGACACGCACCCUCCUGGAAACAAACCAGGACAUUCCUGAGUUUCUUGAGAUAUACAAGCCUGAACUUGUUCCUGGGAAAGCAAUCAAGUUUGAGACGGAAUCAGAUUAUGAUCCCAACGAGAUGCAGGCCGGCGCUCAGGACGCCGACGAGGCUGGUGGUGCUUGGGGAGGUGAAGCUCAGGCUACAAACGAAGCCGCCGAGACUUCCAAUGGCUGGGGUCAAGAGGCACAAGCUCCUGCCGCAGCUCCCGUCGCGAAUGGUUGGGGAGCCCAUCCUGCUGCACCUGUUCCGCAGGCUGCUGCCCCUGCUGCCGCCGCGAAUGGUUGGGGAGCUCCUCAGGCGGCACCAGUUCCUCAGUGCGUUGCACCGGGUCCUUCUAAGCCCGUCACAGCUGCCAACGGCUGGGGGCCUGCUCCAGGCGCUCCCGCCCCUCAGAAUGCUGCUCCGAAUGGCUGGGGCUCUGCACCGUCGGCUGCUCUCGCACCCGCCCCUCCUGUUCAGCAGGCUGCAGCUCCAUCCUGGGGAGGCCCUCCUACUCAGGCUUGGGACGCUCCUGUCCCUGCAGCACAGGUUUGGUAA